ACCACAGCAACUGACCACUCGGUGCCUUGAAUCCCUGCACACGUACCACAACUUGCACUCUCCUAUACGUAAAAGCUACUGAUACUCACCGACACUGAUUCUUCCUCUCAACUUUCCGCGUUUCAUUUAAGCUCUGAGUCGUCUGAAGAGUUCCGAUACCCACCAGUUCACGUCAAUCACUUGCUGUCCAAGCUCGACCUUGACACGCUGAUGAUGAGGUCGACUAGUCGCCGGCUGCCUGAUGAGGCUGGCAGUUUCAUUGACGACAGCACUUACGAACUCCUCGGAGAUAGUCUUCUCGCGACCUCGGACGACGAGGCUCACACUGAGUCGAUAGCAUCCACCGAUACCCCAACGCCCGAUGAUGCGUCCGAGUUCAGCGAUGACGACGAUGACUUUGAAACCCAGUUCAACGACGUCCAGCAUAGCGUUGACUCGCUGAACGCCGAAGCUACCGAACAACAGCUCGACGCACACCUGCUCACAAGCGGAGAUAGUAGUACCCUCACCGAGAUACCAAGUCAUAUGGAUAGUAGUGAGGACUCACGCAGAGUCAGGCUGGAUGAGCAGCCUACGAAUACGUCUGGUGUUGUUCAUGGUAGCAAGGCUAUCCGAAGCUUACCAGACCAGACAAGCGAUCUGCCUCCGGUAUUCAUGCAGUAUGAAUGCUCCGAAAUCAGGCUCGUUGUCAAAGCAGCCUUGUCAGAACGUCCUAUGCCAACGCCAGACUCCUACAAGAUUCUCUACGUGGGUAUGCCUGAGCAAUGGUUGGCGGAUGUCAUCACUUCGCAAAUCGGCAAUGCUCUCAUUGCUUCUCCCAGCGCUUCAAGGUCAGUAAUGGUAGGAGGUCAGAUCGAGCCAUAUGGCCCCGUCAUCCACACGUACCGAUGCACAAGUCUUGUGUCUGUCGUCUCUGAGAAUGGAGACGCAUCUUAUGCCAAGUUUAACUUGGACGAUGGGAGGCACAUCACGAUUGCAUCUCGACCCACGUCCAACUCCGAGACCCAGCCCGACUUAGUGAUCUUCUGCCAUCCAUCGAUCCCAGGGUCUGUUAAAGACGUCCAAGAGUUCGCUUCUGCUCGUGAAGUAGUACGGCGGCAGAAAUUCCCCUACAUCGACCUUGCUCAAGCUCGACCUUACGGCGAAGGCGUUCCGACGUACAACUCACACAGCUUGAGUGUAUGUGUCGAGGGUCGGAAGGAUCCCAGUGAUGAUUACCAACUGAAAGAGGUGCUUCCGCUCGAUCACUAUCUAUUCUCAGAACUCGAGCCGUCCCAACUGAACCGGCACUUGGCACAUAUAAGUCCUCAUCUGGCCAUGCCAGCCUCUGGAUCCGUUCCCAAGACACGGGGAUCGGUGACUAGUGACACUUACCACACCCAUACCAAGAAGAUGCAGAUGGCUUGGCCAAACCUCAAGAUGUUACUCAUAUAUAUCGUUAUGACGGGACUCGUCUCGGUCUACUUCCUCAACUCGUCCAUCUUGCCUAUGGUCAUGCACAAAGUGUCUAGCAUUAACAUCGAGUCAUUUUCGCCUGCGUCCGCUUCCAUCUCAAGCGUUCCUCUGAGUUCAACAGUGUUGUCAACUCCGGCUAUGGUUUCUGCUCUACCUUCUCCCUCUUUGAAACCUACUUCGAAGGAUCUUGCGUAUGUGCCCCCACAAGAGAAGCAAUAUCCGAAAAGCGAACAGGGAACGAAGAAGGAAGAGAAUACCAACAUCUUCGGUAUUGAGAUCACAGGUGAACACCAGUUUGUUCUGUGCCCUUCCAUCGAUCUUCCCAGCAGCCGGAAAAAGCCACAGAUUCAAAUUCUGGUUUCCCGCAACUCACAAACGGUUCCAGUACGAUCCAACAGGUCCAUCAACGGCGUAUAUGUGGUGGACCUUGAGCAUGAGUAUCCUUUAAGCCAGUUCAAUGUUAGCAUCACAACCCAUUCUCGACCUACACUGCAGCAAUCCUUCCAUGUCGCACUAGGAAGCAAAAAGUCGGCAUACACGCAAUUUCUCAAUACAGCCAAGCGAGGCCUUCGAAACACUCAAAGCAGCUUCUGGAACGUGUCUUCUACGAUCACUCAGCAAAUACAGGCAGGCUUGGUUGACCUGAACAUCGGCACUCACCUGUUGGCCGGGCAUCCGAGCCAGGAAGUCGUGAAUCAUCUGCAGGGCGCGAAAGAAGCUGUGGAACGUCAGUUGGCUGUUGGGUCUGAGGUACUCAAGCAGGCACCUGGAUCCACUUGGAUGGGCUUGAGGAAGGCAACUGCUCCAAUCAGGACCUCGACGCCUGUGUUGAGGGCGAGGACGAAUGCACUUCGGCUGCGAUGCAAGAUGGAAAUCGCCGCAGGGUUAUCUAGCAAAGACGUAGCGGAGGAGCAAAGCUGGGCCUGCUCUCAAGUGCGUGGAAACCCUCGGGAAUGAAUGGUGCGCAUGAUGUCAGCAACACGAUGUGGGGAGGUUGAAUGCGUUUUGCUCGCCUUUGGAGAUUUGGUGGCGUUUGGCUGUUACAUAGGCUACAGAUUGUGGCUUCGGGAGUUGGAUUGAAUGGAGGCUGAUUAUAUCCACGACAACGGCGAAGACUUAUGGAACAUGGUGUCGGCAUUCUGGGAUAGGAACACGAGAGAGGGUGGACUAAGGCGCUCGGUAUCUGCAUUUAGGUUCUCGAUGGCCAUGGUUGUCAGUCGGCUAUAUCCUGUAGUAUUGCACCAACAUACCCCCUUCUUAUUAUUUACAUCUGUCCGUUAGCUGUUAUAUAUCUUUGACUUUAAC